AAGGCAAUAAAAGUGGGCGACUGACCAGAGAGAUGCGUCACAAGUCGGUCGACAGCCAGCGCACACAUAAGUGAUGGAGCCAUGGAUCUGGAUAUCCUGAAUCAGCACUCGUCCACCUUUCUCUGGAUCGCCAUCUGGGGCACAUGGAGCCUGCUGGCAUCGAACUUCGGGGCUUGUCAGGCGGUUCCGGGCGGAAGCAGCGGGGAGCGCGUCCAUAUACGACUUCACAUGCCGGAUGUGGUGCGUCAGCACACGCAUUUCCACAACGUGUACAAGUUACCCCGGAAAAUCCACCCAGUUCCUAUACCGCCACCCACGACGAUCGCCACGAUGCAUCCGAAAUUCCCGGGAAAACCUCAUGUUCAACUUUUGGGUUAUACAACGGCAGUGGGAAGUUCCGGACCAAUGGCUUCCAAUCUGAUGCAGCUGAUGGGGACGGCAGCCACGCCCACUCUCAUGCCAGCCGCCCCCAACAUGGCGCCCAACUAUGGACCAGCCUUAUUCGAUAACUACAAUCAGGAGUCGGCUUUGAGUGCAACGACUACCACAACGACAAUGAGACCUCAGAUUUUAAACACCUCGAAGCAGCAACAGUUGUUGCAACAAAUCUUCACACCUCAAAAACCUGAAGAUGAGGAUAAUUCUGUAGAGGAUAAUCAAUUGGAGAAUAACUCUUUACUAAACAACAAUUUCCUUGAGGCUCUGCAAAAAGAAUAUCUUUCCAAGUUCGGUGGACGUCGUAAACGCAAGAAAUCUGGUUCAAAAUUUAAAAAUUCAAACAAGAAAUAUUCCACUUACUUUAAGAGUAACCCGGUUUAUUAUCAAGAUGAGGACUUGUCGGAGAACUUUGAAGACUACCAGGAGGAACAGCCUCACAAUGAGGAUUACGAGGAAGUAAUGGUGAUGAGUUCGCCCAACAAAUAUGGAGGCUAUUAUCCUUCAGGAUCGGAGGAAAUGGAUCAGGAUCAUGUCCACGGCUAUGACAGUGCUGUGGCUUUCAGCGGCCAGGAUAAUAGUAUUUCAUCAUCCAUACCAACAAUGGAGGAUUUUCUCGAUGGGGCAAAUAACCCAGUGUCUGCGUAUGGUGGUGGAGGAAACUACGAUCCUUACAGCAACUCGAACGACAUGUUUUCCCAAGCCUGGCAGCCCUCUUCAAACAGCGCCUCAAUAAGCAGCAGUUGGUCGAAACCCACCGCCAAUUCCUAUAAUAAUUCCUCAAAGAAACCAAAAUUGAGACCUGUUAGAUCCAGAGGUCGAACUAAAAUUCGAUAUGUCAAGUUGAUCACGCGAAAGAAACGCAAAAACCACAUUCGAACCAAGAGAUAUCGACCAUAGUCUAAACUUUCACCUGUUUCUAGUUACUU